AAAAUGGCCGCUAAUAUUCAACAGCAGUUUGGGGAGCAGCUUUUACGAGCAGCUCAAGUUGUCGAGGAACAGAUCGACCAGGAGAUGAAUAAACUUGAGAACCUAGAAGAAGACGAUCUUGAGGUAAUUCGUCGUCAACGGAUGGAACAAAUGAAGAAAGCUCAAAAAGACAGAAUUGAGAUGUUGUCUCAUGGGCACGGAAAAUACGAGGAAGUUGCUGACGAGAAGGAGUUCUUCGAAGCUACAAAGAAAAGCGAUAAAGUUGUCUGUCUUUUCUACUUACCUGGAAACUUCCGAUGCAAAAUUGUGGAUAAGCAUUUCGAGAUCUUGGCUAGAAAGCAUGUUGGAACACGAUUCAUACAUGUCAACGCCGAGAAGGUUCAUUUCCUGACAACUCGUCUCAAUAUUCGUGUCAUUCCAAGCAUCGCUAUCGUCGUGAAGCAACAAACCGUCGAUUACAUUCGUGGAUUUGAUGAAUUGGGAGGAAAAGAUGAGUUUACCACCGAGACCAUGGAAAACCGAUUGGCUCGAUCUGAAGUAUUGACUGUCGAGAAGAAGCAUACAGCUCCUGCAAAAAAGAAAAUCAUUAGAUCAGGAGUUGAGGAGUACGAUAACGAAGAGGAUUGGUAGAUGCCAUCUUAAGAUGAUUUUUUCUUGUUUUCAUAUUCUCAUUUGCUGAUAAUUAUGUGCAUUUUGAUCUCACAUAAUUUCCCAUUUUUUCGCUUUCCUCCUCCCGUGUUUGCUGUUUUAUCUACCUUUUUCACAAUUUCGUAAUCGCAAAUAAAGAGCAUAUUAUC